CUUACAUAUAAACCCUCUUCAAGUUGUAGAACAACGCUUAGCACCCACAUUCGAGUCAUGGAAGAGAAUGCGCUUACAAAGCCGCAUCUACACAUAUACAACAAUAUCAUCACUAGCGACCUCGCGUCUCAAAUCAAGCUUGGAUCUCCAAUUGGAGAUGGUUCGUUUAGCGAGGUUUAUCGGUGUGCCAUCAAUGAAGGCAAGAAGGAGGUCGCAGUGAAGAUAAUCCGAGCCAUUAUUCAUCCUCAAAGAUCUCUGGAGAAACUUCAGAGCGCGAUGGAUCGGGAAGUCGCAGUAUGGCUUAAGCUCAGUGAAUCGGCUUAUAUUGUGCCGCUACUUGGCAUUGCAAAAUUCUCUCCUCCUGGGUCGUUGCCAGCUCUUGUUUCAGAAUGGAUGCCUUCCGGGCCAUUAGAUCAAUUCCUCAAGAAGUACGCCAAAACCCUUGAUGCUUCCGCUAGAGUUGAAUUGUCCAAGGGUGUCGCUGGCGGCAUCAAUUAUCUUCGCUUGGAGGAAGUCGUUCACGGAGACCUUCACCCCGCCAAUGUGUUGAUCGACCGUGAAGGGAAUCCACGUCUUACAGAUUUUGGUCUCGCGAUAGUCGUAGGAGACCCAGAGUUGCAGUGGGGUACGACGACUGCGGCACGUGAACUCAAUGCUCGAUGGCGUGCACCUGAAGUCCUUGGAAUAGAGAGAGAGGUCGCGGCCAAACCAACUUUCAUGAGUGAUAUCUAUUCCCUUGGAAGCAUCAUUUUCUUUAUCAUCUCGGGUGAUAUACCAUGGAAAGAGAAGAAAAACACCGUUCUAAUCUCUGUCGAACUGUCGAAAAAAGCCACUCCCACACGCCCCGAGAAUAUCCUCAACGGUCACUGGAACUUGAUUCAAAAAUGCUGGUCGCGGAAGCCGGAGGAUCGUCCGGAUUCUACAGAAGUCCUUGAAUGCAUAAAACAACUUGGGGUCAAUGACUCGCAGGUUAGGCACAUAUCGCAAUCGAUGGCGAAUUCUAAUGUCAAAUCAUUGGUGAAAUCAAAGACCUCGUCCCAGGACUCGGAGGCAACUUCACCAACGUGUAUAAAUGUGAAUGCAAACAGACAUCAGGACCCACUGUCAAGGUUGCUGUCAAAAUCAUCAAGUUUAGCAUCUCAAAGGAAGAAUUAGAAAGAUUUCAUCGCGAAACUAAGACCUGGGCGAUCCUCGAUCAUAAUCAUAUCAUCCGUCUUCUUGGAACGGCAAGAGAUUUUGGGUCACCUGAAGUCCCACCAGCCCUUGUCUUUUCAUGGUUUGAGACUACGCUCCCUGGCGUUAUCCAACAACGGGGCACUGAACUGAACAUUAGGUCGAAACUAGAUUUGCUUCUAGGUACAGCAUCUGCGCUUGAAUAUC